UCCAACAUAGCACUAAACUCUACCAUAGAGAGAGAGAGAGAGACGGAGCAAAGAAGACAGCAUAUAUGGCGGAAACAACACAUCAGCAGCAGCAGCGUCAUGCCUGUAUCGACCCAAAAGUCCGGGUUUUGGGGAAGAGGGGAACCCGGGCAAAGGCGUCGUCCGACGCCGUCUCCUCUAUUUCGGAGAACCCAACCCUAACCCUAUCUCUUCUCCACGAUCGUCCCUUCUUGCUCCCAUCCUCGCUCUGCUUCUUCCCUGUACCCUCCUGCUCGUCUUCCUCUGCGGUGCGGCGGAUUUGGAUUUAUAGUUUCUGCUUUCGCCUCGGAGGCAAGGGACUCUCUUUCUCUCUGUUUCUAUAGAUUGAGGUCCUUGUGUUGUAUUCCGUGUGUGUGGGUCGGGUUACUGAAAGAUGGUUCGUCUUGGGUUUGAUUCGUGUCGCCUGGGGUUUCCUUCGGUUCCUGUGGGAAAUUUGCGUCCGGGCGCUUUCCCUUCGUGUUUGGUGUUGCAAUGUGCUACACGAACUGUUGUUCUAUUGCUCGAUCUCUGGGUUUGAUGGUCUUGGCAACAAAGUUCAUCGACUUGAUAGGAAGAAGGAAGGGAGUGUGAGAUACUUUGAUCCUCUAAGGUGCGUUCUUUCUAAUGGAGGGAUUUGGUUGUCCUAGAUUCAUUGGAUUAGAUACUGUGGUGAAGAAGCGGAGAAGUGCACGGCGUCCACGGCCAAAUGCCCAGUUGACUUUUGACGCUUGUAAUAUAUCACCUCUACUCUCUGCUCCAUCGUUAAGCAAUUCAAGAAAUUUCUCAACUGAUGAUGAUGGAGGCAGUGACACCUUCUUCCGAAGGAAAGAAGUUUAUCUCAAUGGUCCUUCUCCGAGAAGUUUAGCUAUCAAUUUAGCACCUUCAAGGAAGGUCACAAAAGAUGACAAGGCACUUCAGGAAUUAGGUGGGUACUCUGGUGGUGGUACCUCGAGAGGUGGCCAUCUUUUGGAUUUGAAAUAUUGCGGCGAGGGUAUCCUUGCCCCAGCUAAGUGGAAAAGCACUCACAAAGUUAAUGAAGCAAUUGUGAUGCAAUCAGGUUCCCCGGAUACUGGUCUGGAAAAGAGAGGGGAGGACUGUGGUAUGGAUCAUCUAGGAGAAGCUUAUCACAUAACAUCUGAGAGCAAGCUGAGAAAGGUGAAGCUCAAAGUUGGCGGAGUCACACGCACAAUACAUGCAAAGUCUGAUCUGCAGUCAAGCAGUGAUAAAUCUUCUCUUGCAAAAACCCUGCAGUUUCUAGAGGCCCCUCGGCACCGUCUAAAACUUAAUUCACAGAAUGUUUUUUAUGGUCAUUCUCCGAUAGAAAAAGGGAAUAACGUUCAAGGAGAUCCAUGGAUGGAUUCUAGUGUGCUAAACUUUCCUAAUGGGACAAAGGAUGAUUUUAGCAAUAAAGCAGUUCAAGCAGGCUUAUCUGGAAAGAAAGCAGAGCCUUCUUCCGAGCCUACUCGUAAAAGCAAGAGGGUACCCAAGCGGCGGGUUUUUGAUGAUGUUGAGGGAGAUUAUGAUAUUCGUCACAUUGAGAAACUUAGGGCUUCUAAGGUUGCUGCAGAUCAUGUUGCUGAGCUUGAUGAUAGUGGUGAGAAUGGUUUCAAGCGGCCCAACAUGUCCAAAAUGUCUAGAAGUAGAAAUGCAGCAUAUGAAGUAGAUGAUGAAUAUGUUUUGUCUCGAUCAAGCAAGGAGAAGAGAAAGAAGUUGAAACAGGGAAGGGAAUCUUAUGAUGUGGAUUAUGUUGAAGAGGAAGAACUUGGUUCUGAUGUUGCACCUGAUGCCAAGCGAAAGAAACAGAAUGCAACUCUUGAGUUAGCUGCCGAUGUUAGAACGGAAUGUCUUACUACCCGUCAACGGGCACUUCAAUCUGGAAAAGCUGGCAACGGUGAGAGUUUGAUAGAGUUCCCCAACGGAUUACCCCCUGCACCUUCGAGAAAACAAAAGGAGAAGCUCUCAGAAGUUGAGAUACAAGCAAAGAAAGCGGAGGCUGCUCAGAGACGGAAAAUGCAAGUAGAGAAGCAAACUAGAGAAUCUGAGGCAGCAGCGAUAAGGAAAAUAUUAGGACAAGACAAGAAGGAAGAAAAGAAGCAGAAAGAGCUCGAGGAAAAGGCAAAGGCUGCCAAAUCUAUAACAUUGCAACCCAGCACCGUACGUUGGGUGACCGGUCCAACCGGCACGAUUGUUACUUUUGCUGAUGAUGUAGGCCUUCCAAGUUUAUUCGGAUCUAAGCCAUCCAGGUGCAAUUGUAUUCUCUCAUGCAAAUCUCUCUUACCCUCCUCCACGAGAGAAAUGCGCCGGUCCAUCAUGUACAAAUGCAUACAAGUACCGAGAUUCCAAGACCAAGCUUCCAUUGUGCAGUCUGCAGUGUUACAGAGCUAUCCAAGAAAGGGCAUAAGACUAUCACAUCUCUCCAACUCCUGUAGGUAGGAAAUGAAACCUCAGUAGUAGUUUUACCCAUGGAAAAGUCUCUUUCUUUUUUGACCUUUUAAUCACUGACUGACUCAGAUGUGUCAGAUGCUUAUUGUAAUAUAACUUCUCAUUCAAAUGAGUCAAGAGGCUGUAGAUGUAACCACACUCUUAUUCAUGAAAUGAAAAGGUAUUUCCAUUUUGUGGUUAUUGUAAAA